CACUAUCGUCACCUUUUUUUUAUUUUUAUUUUUUAUUUAUUUAUUUUUUAACUAGAGCUCGAACUAGGUUUAGGGCACACUGUCCAUCGUUCAGACACUUCCAAAGAACCAGAGACAAUGAUAGAGAAAGAAAAUCGAAUCACUGCAAAUCUAUGAAGCUCCCCACUUUACAGGCAAGUACUCAUCUCUGCACUCUUCGCUUUGAUUGAUAGCAUAUAUUUUGUGUGUAUCUUCAAGAAAUGAGGACUAUAUAUAUCUGCAAAAGCCUCAUCUCUCUUUCUCUCAAGAAUUCUUCACAUCUCAGCAAAACCCCAAUCUCUCUUUUCUCGCUCCUCUUCUUCUCUUCCUCUCCAGAAACCCCCAUUGCGGUGGCCGAUUACUUGAUUGAUAGACACAAAUUUUCUCCUGAAACUGCUUCGAAAGUCUCUUCAAGAAGCCCCAAUCUGAAAAGGCUUGAAAAGAUCGGUUCGAUUCUGUCAUUUCUCGAGGAAAUUGGUUUUUCGGAUACCAACCUCGAGCGUGUCAUCAAACACGCGCCUCAACUUCUCUCUGCAAAUCUUGAGCUUUCCAUCAAACCCAAAUUCAAGUUUUUUCAAGACUUGGGUAUUUCUUCUAGCGAUAUUGUGCAAAUUGUUUCGUCUGACCCUCGGAUUCUAACUAGUAGCGUUGAUAAUCGGCUUGGCCCGUCGAUUUUAGCAUUGAAGAGUGUUUUGGGUUCGAAUAUGGAUGAUGUGUCUAGGGUUUUAAAGAGAUCUGGGUGCAUUUUGACGCAUGACGUGGCGAAAACCGUGAUACCCAAUAUUGAAUGUAUGAAGAGCUGUGGUAUUAGUUCGUCACAAAUAACCCGGUAUGUGCCUAGUUACGCAAGACUUUUCUUCCUUAAACCGACGUAUAUUAGAGAAUGUGUGAAGAGGGUUGAUGAGAUGGGCUUUGACAGGAAGUCUAAGAUGUUUUUUCAUGCGAUCCGGGUUCUUAGUUCGAUGACUAAAGAGAAUUGGGAAUUGAAAUUGGAGGUCUUUAAGAGUUUCGGGUUUUCGGAAGAUCAUAUUUUGUCAGUUUUUAGGAGAGCUCCUCAUGUAUUUGGUCAGUCAGAGAGGAAAAUUAAGGCUACAACACAGCUUCUCCUCAGCACGGGCAAAUUGGAUAUCUCAUUUGUUGUUAAUCAACCAGGAUUACUUGGUUUCAGUGUUGAGAAUAGGCUUAAGCCACGGCUAAGAGUUCUGGAGGUUUUGGAAAGCAGGAAUUUGCUUCUUAAAAAGCUGAGUUUGCUGACUGUAUUCACGCUUACUGAUAAGAAGUUCUUUCAGAAAUAUGUACUCCCUUAUUCAGAUGAAGUUGGCGAAUUAUUUUUUCCCCAACGGGAAGUAACGUUCUUCUUCCAAUGCUAGCAGUAUCCUGAAUGAAGUUGUCUGCACUCUGCUGGUGCUUCUUGCAAUAGUGAAUUUUGACUUCGAUUCACCGAGUACUUCUCUUUUCAUUUCCUUUUUAAAUCCCUACAAAUGUCCCAUCCUUAGGAACUUCUGAGAUGAUUCUGGUUUAGUUUGUGGAACUCUAUUACCACCAUGAGACUGGAUGGACAAGAGAUUAAGCACUCAAGUAGAGAAGUUGGCGGAUUAUUCAUGGUUAACAAGGGCUCAUUGGUAGCAAGGAGUUGUAGGAGCAAUAGUGUGUGUGUGUGUGUAUUUUACCUUCCAAAAAGAAGAGUUGAUGUGGUGUGGUGUUGAAUAUCAAAUCUAGUUGCUCUUCUGAAAUUUUUUUUGUCUGAUCUUUCUUAGCAUGGUUACAGAAGGAAAGAUAAGAGGUAAAAAAAAAAAAAACUCUUGUUUGGUUUCUUCUACUUCUCAUCCUAUUAUUUAGUUAGUAGAAGAGAACGUAGGCGGAUUUAUCCCAGGGCAUUUGUAACUUGUGAGGCGUCUAUGAUUCUGCAUUUUAAAGUCUUCCUAGCAACUAGGCAGCUCUGUUUACUUAUCAUUCAAGCCACGUUUGAUUGUGUUAUCCUCAAAAUUGAACUCUGUAGAGAUGACCCAUAGCUGAUGAGAUUUGGUUGAUUCUAGUGCCAAGGUAUAUAAUUACCAUUAAGGUAGCUCAUCUCAUUCAGAUGAUUCUGAGGUACAAUUUGUUACCAAGUUUUAUGUUUUCAAUGGUAAUUAUAGGAAUGUAGAUAUAGGAGCUCCUAGUAAGAGGGACUCUAGAGAACCCCUUUCUUAGUGUAAUAUUUGAUGUGAGAAAUCGGUUGAAAUCAAUUUUCAAGUUGAACAGACCUAAUUUCACAAACAAAUGUGUUUAGUAGAUUCUUUUUUGGUUUCCUGUUCCUUUCUUGCCUUGGUGAUUGUUCUGUUUUCUAAUUCUAUCUAUAUUUUCUCUCUAUUAUGUUAAUGAAAUUAAAUUUACUUUACUGAAAGUAAAAACAUUCAUUCUUUAUUACAUCCCCGAGUUGCUCCAUUUCACAUUUAUGGAGGUAAUAAAGAAUUGUAAAGUAUGAACUGGUCCAAAUUUACAAAAUUAGAUUAGAAAUAUGGACAUAAUAAAACUUUAUGCAUUUAUGUUACUAUUUCAAAAUUUUGGUACAAGUGUGAUUCGUGUCUCCAUUGUCAUGUUUUGAUUUUGGCGUCACAGAACAUAACAUUUUCUCCUGUUUACAAAAUUAGAUUAGAAAUAUGGACAUCAUAAAAUUUUAUGCAUUUAUGUUAUUAUUUCAAAAUUUUGGUACAAGUGUGAUUCGUGUUGAAAUGUUUUGAUUUAGGUGUCACACAACAUACAUGUUAACGGUUACACAGUCUCGUGAUGGGAAUUAGUUGUCUAUUUUGGCUACAAAUUUCAGAACCUUAAUUGACAAAAAGUGACAAAAGUGGUCUUAUCACUGUGAGCAUGUAGGUUCAUAAUAAUUCUUUCUUCAUUUUAAUGUUUAUCACAUAUAUCAUAAAUUUUUGUGACAAAAGUGUGUAUCAUAUUGGUGUCACCUUUAGAACCCAAUAGGCUUUUUUAGUGGCAAAAGUGUUUUCUAUGUGUGUGCCUUCUUAAUAAUAUUUUCUGCAUUUAAGGGUCCGUUUGGCAUGAGAUGUGUGUAUUAAGCAUUUUGUUUUUGGUUGUAGGAGUGUUUUGAAUAGAAAUCGGAAUCAUGUUUGUUAACGGAAAUUUGUUUUGAGAAAUUCAAAAAUUUGCUUUAGCUCCUUCGCUACAAUAUCAAAACACAUAAUAUUACCAAUUUGGUGAUAUGGGUUUUGGCCAAAAAAAUUGAUAUGUUGUGAACUAUUCCAAACCAAUGUCAGUCGUCCCAAAUAUAAUAUGUGCCCAAAUUUAAAUAUCAACAUAAAAAAAAUAAUAUCAUAACGCUUGCCAAACGGGUAAAUGUUUCCUGUUAUGUUUUUGUAACUCAAAAAUUUAAAAGGGUCAUCAGCUAUGUCAAACCGUUGUCGAAGUACUUUGGAAUUCUUAUAAAAUGUGUCAAAAUUUUGGUACAAAUGUGAUUAUUAUAGAACAAUCAAUGGAUGUUAUCGGACUUUGCACAAAUCAAAUCAGGCGGCUCAAAUGAUAGCACAAUUCUACUCCAUUUACUCCAAUUGCAUUCCCUCCUAAGAGCAACUCCAAUGGUCGCCAAAUGGGUUGCCAAUUUCAAAAUAUAGCAGGUGGGUUAAAAUUGGGCUCUCCAGUGGGUAGUCAAAAUAGCUAGCUAUGCCCAGAAUAUUGAGAAGAAAAGGGCGACAGAAACCUACGACGGAGGACAUCCAUGACGUUUCCUGUUUAUCCGUCUCUCUCCCUCAAUCCUCUCCAACCGGGUAAAUUCUCUCUUCUCAGAUCUGUAUUUUCUCUUCCCCUCUCAUCCUCAUAUAUGUAUAUAUAUAUCUCUUCUCAGAUCGGAUUCGGAAUUUUGUGGAUAAAUUCUCUCUUCUUCAGAUCUGUAUUUCACUAUUUUUCGUUACUAUACAGUCUAUAUAUUGAUGUUUACGUUUACAGUUUCGAAAAACAAUUGCAAAUAGGUGCAAUUGUAAAAUUAUAUAUGCAAAUAGGACACUACCCUGAUAUUCUCUUGCUAUUCGUAAAAUUCCUUUCACUUAUCUCUAUUUACUAUGUUAAGGUUACCUGGGAUGAAGUUAGUACCUACCCUGGAAACAAAAUUAAAAGGUUUAUAUAUCUAUAUUCUGUAAUUUAGGAGGCCGUGAAGGUUUGUAAAGAAACAAACUUAAGAUUGUAUUAUUUGUCUUUUCUUCUUGUUGAUUGA